GACUGUUUGACUCAAAAUCCUACGAAGCCUCUCUUUCAUAGGCCUCUCGCCUUCUCUCUCUCAAGUCUGAAGUCUCAAGUCUCAAGUCUGAACUCUGAAGCAAGCAAACAUGGAGUUGUUAUGGAUCUGACCCUCUGAAUUUCGGUCUUCAUAAUUCAUGGAUUCGGUACUUGAUAUAAAUGUUAAUGAGGAGGUGUCAAAUGGUUCAACUGAUACUGAGUUCAAGCAUUCUAAUUCUAAUGAUGGUGCCUUGGUAGGCACUUCUCUUCAGAAGAUACUUUGGGUUGUACAAAAUGAUGAAAGAACUCAAAACUCUUCCAAAGAUGGAUCUGUAGUCGAAGUAGAUGAGCCAUAUGUGGGUCAGGAAUUUGAUACAGAAGUAAAUGCACAGGCAUUUUAUAAUGUCUAUGGCUUGCGUAUGGGUUUCAAUACUCGUAUGAACUAUCUGUCUCGAUCCAAACAUGAUGGAACUAUCAUUGCACGAACAUUUGUAUGCAGCAAAGAGGGUUACCGGAAGCCUGAUAGGCGUGACAAGAAGACUGUAAACCCACGCGCUCCCACUAGGGUAGGUUGUAUGGCAAUGCUGUCGAUAAAAAAACUGAAUAUCGGCAAGUGGGUUGUUACUAAGUUUAUCAAGGAGCACAAUCAUGCAUUGAUAGCGAGCAAACGUCCAAAAGGGUUGAUUGAGGAUCAAAUACCGGAUGAUAAGACAAAGAUUGAAGAAUUAACUCAAGAGCUGUUCCUUGAGAGAGAGCGUUCUGCUUCACUAAGAAAAGUCAUAGACCUUCUAUUUGAACACAUCGAGGAACAUACACAAGACCUGUCGAAGAAAGUCCAGUAUGUUGUGGAUAAGGUAAAGGAGAUUGAAUCAGAAGGGACAGACCGCCAUAAGCUCAGAUAGUCGGCAUUCUAUUUUGUACUGUAUAUAUUAACAUUGGCUUUAAUGAGUUUACAUUUGCUAAAGAGUUAGAUGCAAUCUUAUACAUGAAUUUUAAUAAAUGUGAAUGUAGUUGGUAUACAAUUGCCGGUAUGGUUGCGACUGGUAGGA